AUGAGCACAUCAGGCCAGCCCAACGGGUCGGCGCCCACAGAGAGCACUCCUCCGUUGCAAGAUGAGCAGUACCAGGGCUUGCAAGAAGGGUCCCAUACGGAGCAAAAGCUGCGCCAUGCCUCCGCUCAUCACCUAUACAUGACCAGUCGGCGCUUCUUUAUCGGACCGAUUCCAGAGGGUUGGAUCAAUGGACACCGAAAGUCAUGGUAUCGCUCACGACUACGGUUCAAGAACUACACAUCUCAGACGCUUUCGUUUUCUGUCGACCCUGUGACAUCCCAUUACACCCAACAUGAAAUUGACCAUGCGGACACCCCUGCGGGUGAUACGGAGGAGGAGGAGGUUGCCAUCACACUCAGCAAUACGAAUGAGGAGUCUGCGCCAGAAGAUGAAAGUGCAGAAGAUACGCAAGAAGCUACUGAUGAGCCAACGGGGGAGCUGCGGACUCUCUCCCACCCCAUGGAGGAGACGGAGACUAUUGAAUCGCUGUCUGAAGAUGAGCCGUCUUCUGAAGAGGACUCCGAUGCAACACCUCGAGCAAGUACGCAAAUGGGCAUCGGAAGAACCGACGAUAUAUAUGACAAUGGAGAGGCCGCUUCAUCAUUCGUGACAGCGAGGGAGAAUAUGACAAGUUCUGUGGACACCGUCCGGACGUUGUCAACUAUUCAGCCAAACAGACCGAUACCAAGCCAGCGAUCCAAAUCACAAAAGUCCCAGCACCUGACGUUUACUGGGGAUAGCAAUCCGAGCCCACUGGCCUCAAGUGCUUCUGCAGUGCCAAGUGAAGCAGAUUCUACCACGCAGUUGCUCAAGACCAGACCAAGAAAUACAAAAAGGAUGAAGAGCAAAGCUUCGGGUGUAUCUCGAUUUACACUCGACCGACAGGAGCCGCAAAAUGAAGAUGACUCUGAACCAGAAGAUUCAGGACGCAAUGGGCCAAUACAGCGAAAGAUCACCCAGAAGAUGGCAAAGUUUAACCUGGAUGACAAUGUCAUGGACAAGCAACAGAGACUGCGCUCUCGAAUUGCCAGAACCCAGGGAACAAUUUCUGCAAACCGUCCGCGUCGGCGCCAAGUCCAAGAUGGAGAAAUCAUCAAAGCAGAGAAAAUGCUGGUUUCUGUCGAAGAGACCCUACAAGAUACGCUGCCAGAGGAUUACACCGAGAACGAUUCCUUGAGGAUGGAAACACGAACCGUGGACAAAUGGCGAGAAUUUCUAGUCGUUUGUCGGAAAGGUUCAACUGUAGAUACCCCGUUUGCAUUGCAAAUGUACCGAACCCGUGUGAUUCCAGAUGCCCAGAGCCCGCACAACAAAUCGAAACCCUACUAUGAAGUACGGCUCAACCACAAAGACACCAAGGUCAACCUCUAUUCGGCUCUCGACAAGACUAUUGUGAUCUGGCAUCCAUGCAGGCACGGCACCAAAAUCCACAUUAUCCGUCCCAAGUCGACAGUCCAUGCCGCCGAGUGGUACACCUUCAUCAGGCAGAUACUUGGCUGGCGGCGUCCAAGCAAGCUUCCCAUCAAUGUUCCUGAUCUCGGCGUUUCACUGGUGUUCAAACACCCUUUCGAUCAACUGGAGGCGGAGCUUGGCGUGAAGGGUAAUGAUAAUCGCCACACUACAAUAUUGAGGCGAGCUGCAGCACAAGACAAACUUGCAGCUUCAGUUAUUAUCAAGGGCUGUGUUGAAAUGCUUGAGGGUCGCCCCGAGUGGUCCGAAGUUCUCAAGGUUUGGUCAAAAACAGAAAAGAUGGGUCUUGCCUGGAAGCGGUAUGAUCGCCUUGAAUGGAUAUUUGGUGCGAAUGAGGAGAACAUGUACGGCACUAUCGCCAUGCAGUCAACACACGAGCUCGAGCUUCGACCACGAUAUCAUUAUCCUACGACCAUAAAGAGCGCAGGUGCCAAAGAAGUGGAGCCUCCACCAGUCGAGGGUUUCUUGAUUCGACUUACCUCACAAAAGGGGCUGCAUCAACGUAUGAACAAGAUGUUCUACAAACGACUGUACUUCUACUCACAGGAUCACUUUCUACUAUUUUGUCGACCGGCAAAAGCAUAUCCACCCACACCGCCAAGAUUAGCCCCGAUGGAGGAGUCGAGUAUUCCUUCUGCUCGCCAGAUAAUGGAGGUGAUGCCAAUGUCUUGGGACAUUGAGCCAUAUCCCAUUCAGGAUGGCGAAAUCACAUGGCUGACCAAUGGAAAUCACGAAUUUGUUCAGCGGCACGACGAGGAGGCAUAUGCCCAACUGCAGAGAAAUGUGCACAAUAUCGGGCAGGCCGAUGGGUACAUUGACCUUUGUAAAGUACGCGAGGUCCGUAACAUGCAGCUCGGGAGUAGUUCUGCGGACCCGAACAUUUCAGAAGGGCCUGCUGUGGACUUCCACCCCGAACCAGAGGAUACUCGUCGAGAUGACGGUACAACCAAGGAUUUCGAACAUGAUCGGACGUUUGAACUGGUGCUUGAGAAUGGUCUCGUCAUUCGCCUGCAGGCAUAUGAUGCUGCCACGAGAGACGAAUGGGUUAAGCGAUUGGGUGCGCUGGUGAAGUAUUGGAGAACUCGCAGCUUCGACGAUGUUGCCGAACUCCAAGCUAUGCGCCAGCGGAACUUGAAGCUGUUGGAGAUUGACGAAGAAAUGGAAUCGAUCAUGGGCCAGUUUGCACAGAAGUGGGAGGUUAAGAAGGCUGAGACCUCUCCACAUCUACACAAUAUGUGUGCGUUGUCUGGUUGUCGGCCGAUCAAGAUGUCUGGUCAACUCUAUCGCAAGCCCCGUCGCCACUCCACCUUCACCAAAUGCCAUGUGAUUCUCACCUCAGGAAAACUCGUCAUCUUCCGAAGCACGCUUCGUCAGCGCAAUGGUACUGAAAUCCCCCAUAUUCACCAAGAUCAUGAUGCUACCAUCGACCUAAGCGACUGCUACAUCUACUCUGGUCUAGCCACUGAGGCCGACCUUCUCUAUGCCAACCAGACAUUCGACAGCAAUAACCCAGGCUUGCGCGCCCUCCCACGGGUUUAUCUUGCGUCAGACACAUUCACUAGUCGAGAUGAGGAUUCGGCUAUCACAUUUGUGAUUUGGCAACCUUUGCGAAAAAGCUACUUCCGUGCUGAAGAGAGAGGCGCAAAGGGUAAAGCCACCCGAACUUUGCGACAUGUGUCGGCCCUUGGCAAACAUGGUCGUACGAUUGUUUUCAAGGCUCGUAGCCGUGUCGAGAAGGACCGCUGGGUUUUGAGUAUCUCGUCAGAGAUUGAUCGUUUGCAACAGGAGAAGCAGGAGGAUAUUCGGAUUGUCUCUUUAUAA